UGUCUUUUGAUUGCAUUAUUAUAAUAUGCAUUAUACAUUUCAUAUGACAGAUAAAAUUCCUCGUAACUUUGCCUACUUUGGUUUGUAAUGUAGUUUGUCCUACUAACCUUUUCACCAACAAUGUUCUGUGUCUGAGUUACCCUAUUCAAGUCCAGCCUUAUGUUACCAACACUAGGAAAAAUAUGUACGUAUCAAGAAUUAUUGAGUUUUGAAAGAAAUGCCAGUUACAAUUUAUAGCCAGUUGCUAUAGUUUUUAAAUGACGCUUAUUUGGGGAUCUGGGCCAUUUUAAAGCCUCAGUCAUUGACAUUCAGUCUAAAAGAUGAUGUGCAGUUUCUCGUACUCUUUUAUACCCAAAUGUUUCUGAAUAUUUUGAUGCACUUCUUCCAGCCUUAUCUCUGCUUUCUAUCUCCCUGUCUCUCCCAUAAUCUGUCACCACUCCCCCCUCUCCCUCCCUGGAAUGUUGGUGUUUAGCUCAAACAUACCUCUGAGAGAGCCUGAAUGCAAUGCCGAGCAGCCUGCAGAAGCUUCUCCUCGUCGUGUCUCUGCAACCUCUUCCCCAUUAUUCUUAAAAAAAUCAAAGCAUACCUCAAGCGGGGAGCAGAGUGGUCCUGCUACGCAAAAGAGCCUUUUCAACCGUUCUACUCUGAGGAAAAGACUUCAUUCUUCUUCCUCUGUGCCAAAUUUUCUAAAAUUUCUGGCUCCUGUAGCUGAAAAUAGCACUUCUGACUUUAACGGCAAGAAAAGUGACUUUGAAAUAAAAUCCAGCCAUAGUGAUGUGGGAUGUGAUAGCCCUGUAAGGACGCGGCGUCAUUCUUGGAGGCAACAGAUAUUUCUUCGUGUGGCAACUCCACAAAAGGGAUGUGAUUCCCCUAAUAGAUAUGAAGGUAAGCAGUAAAUGUUCUUUGUACACAAGUUGUCGAUAAAACUGGAUUGGAUUUAUUAUUUAUGUUUUUUAUAAUAUCCAGAAGCUGCCCUUGAGCACGCUGUUUUUGUCUCUACAAAAUAUGCAUUUACAUAAAAAUCAGAGAGAUGUAAAGUUUAUAUUGUGCUUUUUUUACUAGUCAAAAGUUCUUCUAAGAUCUGUACAGUUGUCUAAGCUCAGCAUUAUUUAUGUACAUUAUAAAAUAAGUUAUUUUGCUGAUGAGAUCACUAAUUACUUAUAGCCCAAAGCACAACAUGAUGUUUAAGAUAAUAUAUGAAACCUUCAUCAGAAAAUGGAAGCUAGUUAUUUUUUUUUUACUUGCAUCCAUCUCUGUUUAUCUGUAAUUAAAGGGACAUUGUGCUGAAACAUAACGAGGGUUAAUGGGCUAAAUUACAAGUGUAGUGGUAUUUAUCGCUCCAACUCGAGCACAAACAAUGCUGAAAGUAAAGUCUUUAUGCAUUCAGGUUAGCGCACUUAUUACAAAUUGAAAGUAAAUUCUUAGUGCUUGAGCGAAACCUUAUGAGCGCAAACUUCAGGAAUUCAGAUAUUGCAACCGUGUUAAUUUCUCCCCAUAUAAUUUAAUGGAGCUGAAUUAAAAAAAACUCAUCGCUUGCGUGCUAACCCAACACUGUAUUAAACCCACAGUGCUAUAUCUGACAGGACGGGCUUAUUAAUAUUUCACAUUCCACUGUUCUUUGUAUACAGGAAAAUUUUAGAUAUAUCCAUAUAUAAUGAUACCUGUGUGUGUGUGUCAGUCACAUGGCAGUAACUCAAUGCAUUUAGACAUCUAGACGUGUUGAAGACAACUUUCUGAAGUUCAAACCGAGCAUCAGAAUGGGGAAGAAAAGGGAUAUAAGUAACUUGAACAUGGCAUGGUUGUUGGUGCCAGGCGGGCUGGUCUGAGUAUUUAAAAAACUGCUGAUCUACUGGGAUUUUCACGCACAACCAUCUCUAGUGAAAAUAUCCAGUGAGCGGCAGUUGUGUGGAUGAAAAUGCCUUGUUGAUGUCAGAGGAGAAUAGGCAGACUGGUUGGAGAUGAUAGAUUGGCAACAGUUACUCAAAUUAUUUACUAAAAAGCAAAAGAAAGAGGGGGCGCACAGAAUAUGACAGAUAUUGCAAGUUAAUCUAACAUACAAACCAACUUUAAACAAGGCCAGUCCUUGUGGAAAUUAACGGAUCUAUGUCAUUAUAGUUGUAUGAUAAUAGUCCGAAAGAUGGGUCAGUGCUAUGCACUGUCCACGGUGUGUGGGCACUCCCACAGUUCACAGGGUAAUGGUGGCUGCUCUCCUCAUCUCAGAUGAUCCUGAACAGAACUAUAAAGUGAAGCACAAAACAAAGGGUCACCUCAUGUGUAGAUCAACCGACAACAGAUACACCAUAUGUGAAGGCCAAAGCCAAAAGUGUACUCACAUUUGGCAAUAGCACACCAAUGUGCUGGUAGUAGCAGGCUGAUAUCUCUGGGUGUAUCAGCUCACCCUCUGUCGUCUGGUGGUACCAACUGGAUUUCAGACUGGAUGCAGGGCACACAUAUGCUAGCACUAUGCUUGAGUAUAAAAAUGGUUUAUUAAAAACACAUUUAAAAACAAAAGCAGUGAGUGGAAUAGGGGUGUCCAAGUGUUCCCCCCCCAUCUGCAACGCGUUUCCCGGCUAUGGCUGCCAUUUCAUCAGGCAUCUAGCACCUUACACAGUUCAGUUUUAUUUAAACCAUUUGUUAACCACUGAGCAAACCCACCGCCCAUUGUGGGUGUGUUGAAUGCACAUAAGUUGAUAAUUAAAUUAAUCAUGAUUAAUUUCUGUCUUCCUAAAGUGUCAAAACAUAUAACAUCCUAAUUUCUAAAAUACAUAUUUCAUGUUCACUUAACCUGUUGGCCCUCACUGAACCUUGGCUUUCCUCCUCUAACACAACUGCUGUAGCCUCUCUGUCCUAUGGCGGCCUGCACUUCAGUCACACUCCCAGACCAGGAGAC